ACUACAAAAUUUACUGGACUAUGCUGGGACUUGUAUGACAGCAUCUGACAACCUACAGUAAUUCCUUUGGUGGACGUGUCUACUUCCCCUGAUAUCCCUGUAACCCCCUUCAGCAGUGUAGAUAUAGAUCUUCUUCCAGCUCCUCCCCUUUGCAUACCUGUGCUCAGGUAAAGGCUGGAAGAUUGCAGUAGGCAGUGAGCCAUCUGUAUCCAGAAAGCCAGCUCCCCUGAUCAUUAUUAUCACAGAGCUAAUUGCGAUGUCCCUAUACAGUUUUGGGACAGAUCCCAUAUCUUGCCAUGCCUGGAACCAGGACAGAACCCAGAUCGCAAUCAGUCCCAACAACAACAUAGUGCAAAUUUACCAAAAAACUGAAAAUGACUGGAAGAAGAUCCAUGAGCUGACAGAACAUAAUGGCAGGGUUACAGGAAUUGACUGGGCCCCCACUUCCAACCGCAUUGUCACAUGUGCUGCGGACAGAAACGCCUACGUCUGGUCCUUACGCGACGGGGUCUGGAAACCAACUCUUGUCCUUCUGCGCAUCAACCGUGCCGCCACCUGCGUGAAAUGGUCCCCCCAGGAGAAUAAGAUUGCAGUGGGAAGUGGCUCCAAAAUCAUCUCAAUUUGUUAUUUUGAGAAGGAAAAUGAUUGGUGGCUGAGCAAACAUAUCAAAAAAUCAAUUGGUUCCACGAUCCUCAGCCUGGCCUGGCAUCCAAACAAUGUCCUACUUGCCGCGGGGAGUAGUGAUUUCCAGUGCAGAGUCUUUUCAGGGUAUGUAAAGGAGAUUGAUGAGAAGCCAAGCCCGACGCCUUGGGGGACCAAGAUACCUUUUGGAGAGCUCUUGUUCCAGAGUGGGGAGAAAGGGGGAUGGGUUCAUGGUGUCACCUUUUCCCCCAGUGGAAGGUACCUGGCCUGGGUCGACCAUAACAGCUGCGUCAACAUUGCAGAUUCAAAUGAAGACAAAAUGGUAACGAGACUGAGUACUGAGUACCUGCCCUUCCUCUCCCUGCUGUUUGUGAAUGAAUCCAAGCUCCUCGCCGCUGGGCAUGACUGCGCUCCCUAUCUCUUCUCAUAUGGCGGCUCCGGAAAGUUGGACUUUGAGGCCAAGAUUGAUGCUCAGAAGGAGACCACCAAGACCACCCUCUCUGCGAUGAGUCACUUCCGUAACCUGGAUAAGAAAGGGGCGAAGGAGAAUGACAGCUCCGAUGUGAACAGCCUGCAUCAGAACAGCAUCAGCCAAUUGUCCAUCGUGGAUGGAGACCCGUCCAACGUUACCACGUUUAGCAGCACUGGGAUUGACGGAGCUUUGGUUAUCUGGACACUCAAGGCCUGACAAUCCUGUGAGCUCUCUCUCAUCAAAGUCAGCGCCUGGAGCGGAUCUGUAACCAUCUGAAACCUGAGACCCCACAUGCCACACAGGAUGGGAUGCAGGCUGUAAAUACCAAACGGCUGCCAACUUCCGCAGCUUAAAAUUAAUCUGCCCUAUAAUGGGCCGAAAAAGCCACAGCAUAUUAAGUCUAGGAUUCGCUUUCAGCUACGGACACCUGCUACAUGAAAAUAUAAUCCUACGGACACCCUAAUCCCAUGCAAAUAGAAUCCUUCCUAUGGGGAGAGUGCAACCCUGUGGCCCCUUAAUCCCAUGCAAAUAUAACCCCUUCAACAGGGAGAAUGCAUCUCUGUAAACCCCUAUUACCAGGCAAAUACAACCCUUCCUAUGGGGAGAAUGCAUACAUGUGACCCCUGCAAUUAUAACCCUUACAACAGGGAGAUUGCAUCUCUGUAAACCCUUAAUCCCAGGCAAAUACAACCAUUCCUAUGGCGAGAAUGCAUCCCUGUGACCCCAUAAUCCCAUGCAAAUAUAACCCUUUUUAUGGGGAGAAUGCACCCAUGUGACCCCUUAAUCCCAAGCAAAUGUAACCCUUCUUAUAGUGAAACUGCAUACCUCUGACCCUUUAAUCCCAGGCAAAUGUAACCCUUCCUAUGGGGAGAUUGCAUCCCUAUGGCCCCUUAAUUUUAUCAAAAUAUAACCCCUUUUAUGGGGAGAUUGCAUCCCUGUGGCCCCUUAAUCUUAUCAAAAUAUAACCCCUUCUAUGGGGUAAUUGCUUCCCUGUGGUCCCUUAAUCCCAGACAAAAGUAUCCUUGUGGACCCUUUAAAACCUGGCAAAUAUAUCCCUUCCUAUGAUGAGAAUGCAUCCCUGUGGCUAUUCCUUCAUUCUGGUGCCUCUUUGCUUACAACACUAAGCCUGCCUGUUGUCUUAUUUGUGCACAUAAAACUCAUUAUGACUUUACCUGAAUGUCUUACUGGAAAAGUGACAUUUGUAUCCACCUCUCAAGGGCCACAGUAAACCUGGAAAUGAGAUUGCGGCACGAAUGAUUAGUUCAUGAGACACGUUGUUUAGGAAACUGUUCUUACAAUAAAAAGUGCCUGGAAACAUG